ACAGUCUACGAUGGCGAGGUACACGCUGCCUCUCCUGUUCCUCAACCUCAGCGGCGAGAUGGUUUAUAUCCUGGACCAGAGACUGAGGGCUCAGCAGGUGCCGGCUGACAAAGCUAAUAAAGUAUUAAAUGACAUCAUUGGCAUAAUGCUGAAUCAAAGAUUUCUAGAAGAACUAUUCAAGCCACAAGAAGUAUACAAUAAAGAUGCUUUGCGAAGUGUGUUUGAUGACUUGGCUCAUGCAUCUAUCAUGCGACUCAAUGAAGAAAGCAUGAAUAAAUUGUAUGAUCUAAUGCGCAUGGUAUUCAAAUACCAAGUGUUUGCUGCCACUCAACCUAAGGACUUGCUACUUGUGACUCUGAACCAUCUAGACGCCAUCCGUAACCUGGUCACUAGUAAUGCCCUUCAGAAACAAGUUGAUUCUGCUUACUUCCUGUUAGUAAAGACCUACGGACAAAUGGGUUCUGGAGAAUUGCAGAGACUUCGCUAUCACAUCCUCAACUUUUUCCAAGAUAUGAGAAUACGUGUGUCAAUAUUUUUGCGCCAAAAGUUGCAGAACAACUGUGGAUCAUUUGUUAUCUCGUCAAACUGCAACAUUCCACACGGAAAUGAAGUCCCAGGAAGUAUACGUAUAUAUGGUUCUGACGGUUGUAUCCUAGACCUGCUCAAUUUCGUCUCCGGAGGAGAAUUCACACAGACAACUGACGUAGGAUCAAUGGAGUUGAGAGGCACUCGUCACACUCUGCUUGGCACAAACAUUUACUCAACAACAGCACGGGUGGAGAAUGACGGGUGGGAUAGAACAGCGGUUAGUGACACAGAGGAGAGAUACAAGUAUCGACAAGAGCUUAACCUUCUCGUCAAACAGCUGCUGGGCUCUGAGACCCUUUCCUCACAAGACGUCAUCAAGCUAGACUUGUUCUACGACCAAGAUGGCACCCCUAGAGACCAACAAACAUUGAAUGCUCAGGCUAUUUCUCCGACUGAAACUGAACCUGAUCAUCACGAGUCCCUACACAAAGUUUUGACGGAAAUGACAAUCAGCACUGCAAGAGAUGACCAGCUUUCUGCAAACAUUAAUGUUGUUGAUUUACUAGAUAAGUUUUUAUAGUAAUAAAAAACAUUAUAGGAUUAAAUAUGAAAAGAAAACAUAAUACAAUUAUAUUAUAAAACCAACAUUUAACUUUUUUAAUAGGGAAAAUGCUAAUAGUCCUCAGAGUGGGAGUCUCACCCAUCACCAUUCCAGUCAAACACAAUAAAACACAAAAAAAUCACAUGGUAACACAAUGAAAGCACUGUGCGGAUGUUAUUUUGGCAUCACUGACAACCAUCAUAAACAAGUCUCUACAAACAGGGAUAAAAAAAAGGUACCAAAGUUAAAAAAGGGGAAUAAAAUUGAAGAG